AUGAUGAGGUCCACUGAGUUUGACCCUUACAUCCUGGGUGCAAUACACAAGCUUCGAGAAACUAAGCAGUUUAAAAUUGUUGCUUUGACAAACAACUAUUCAGCUCAAUACGAGCGCAUUCGGGAUACUCCUCCUUCAAAACAAGGAGCACACAAGUUCUCUCCAGAAGCCGAGCUUGAGUUCUUGGGUUGGGGAGAGAGCACCGGGGGUCCAGGCGGACCAAAGAUUCGAGCUCUGUUUGACGAUUUUGUUGAUAGUAGCGUCGUUGGGUCAAGGAAGCCCGAGCCUGGUAUUUACCAGUAUGCGUGUAAAGUGAACGGCGUCAACCCCGAAGAAGUCGUGUUCCUGGAUGACUUGGGCCUAAACUUGAAAACCGCUCAGGCAUUGGGGAUGAAGACGAUACACGUUCCUAUCGGAGGAUCCCGCAAAGCCGUCCAGGAACUUCAACAACUCCUGGGCAUUGAACUGCUAGGCAGUGAAAAUAAAGUCCCGAACCCGCAGUCUGAAGGAAGAUCCAAACUAUAA